UCCCAAGACCUCGUGCCUGAUCAUGGAAUUUGUAUAUAUGUAUAUAAAACCAUAGUAUAACCCAAAAAUAGAAUGGCUCUGUUUAUGAAGGUCACAAAUAAUUCUCCAAUGAUCCCAUUCCUUCGUUUAAUUGUAUUAUUUGUUUUAUGCUACAAAACAAAGGGUUUGAUAAAGCUACCACCAAAUGUUACAAUUCCAGCAUUGAUAGCAUUUGGAGAUUCGAUAGUUGAUUCAGGCAACAACAACCACAUAAAAACUUUGAUCAAAUGCAAUUUCCCUCCGUAUGGAAAAGAUUUUCUAGAAAAUGUCCCAACCGGUCGAUUUUGCAAUGGAAAAAUUCCCUCGGACAUAAUAGCUGAAGAAUUGGGUAUCAAGGAAUACGUACCUGCAUAUUUGGACCCAUAUCUGAAACCCAAUGAUCUUCUAACAGGCGUAAGCUUUGCCUCUGGAGCUUCUGGAUAUGAUCCUUUGACAUCUGAAUUAAUGUCAGUUAUACCGUUAUCUACUCAACUAGAUCUGUUCAAAGAAUACAUAAAUAAGCUGAAAGGCAUUGUGGGAGAGGACAACACAAAUUUCAUCAUAGAGAAAAGUCUUUAUGUUGUGGUGGGAGGUAGUGACGACAUUGCCAACACCUAUUUUGAUGCUCAAGCCAGAUUACAAUAUGACAUUUAUGCCUACACGGAUCUUAUGUCCAACUCAGCCUCUAAUUUUCUUCAGGAAAUAUAUAAACUUGGAGGUCGUAGAAUGUUUGUAUUUGGUGCACCACCAAUUGGAUGUCUACCAUCACAGAGAACUGUUCAAGGAGGGAUACUAAGAACAUGCGCAGAAAAGUUAAAUUAUGUGGCAAAGUUAUUCAAUUUAAAACUCUCAAACAACAUAGAUUCCCUAAAUAGCAACUUACCCAAAAGCAGAGUAACUUACGUUGAUGUUUACACCCCUCUACUUGAUAUCAUUCUUAAUCCCCAAAAAUAUGGGUACAAAAUUGUGGACAAAGGUUGUUGUGGCACAGGACUAAUAGAGGCUGCAGUGUUAUGCAAUCCUUUUGUUAAUACUUGUUAUAAUGUUUCAGAAUAUGUCUUUUGGGAUAGUUAUCACCCUACAGAAGGAGUAUAUAGAAAGCUCGUUGAAAUCCUCACUAAAACAUAUUUGGGGGGAUUGUUAUGAGAUCCAUUAAUUAAGUUUAGUUGGCCUGUGAACUUAAUUAGAUUAUUAUAUUUAUAUUAAUUGUCUAUCCAAAUUUGUAUUUUUGACAAGUUGAUCUAGUUGUUUGCUUGAUUGUUUAAAGUAUUCCAAUAAUUUGACA